GUACUAUGAAGACACUUGUUCACAUUUCCCUACCCACCGUCCUAACACAUUGUGGAAAGUCUUCAUUUGUUGGUUUUAGUGGCCAUGGCGCAGUUCAUCCAUCUGUCACUGCUGCUGGCAACAAUCCAGCUGCCUUUGGUUUUUUCAGCAACACAGAUAUGGCUCCGAGAGGGAAUCACUUUUAAAUUUACUGGAGGAGGGAAUGUUAAACGUUGUUGCAAAAGUGUCUUGGGUAUACCUGUUAUUCACACGACACUGUGUGACUCCUUCAACUUCCUGAAUCACAAGACUCUGACCAUUGACAACCCAAACCUCAACGAUACCUUUGUCUGCUAUGAUGACAACAAUGUUCCAGUCCUGUACUUGAACGUAACAAGAGGUUGUAUACAGACGUAUCUUGACAAAGCUGAAUUUUCCAAUGGUCAAAAGGAAAAAAUCAAAAGCACAAAUAAAACUGACUGUAGGAGACGCUGUACUGAAGAUCAAACCUGCAAAUACUUCACAUUUCAAAGAAAUGUCAACCUUUUUUUGCAAGGUGGUGAUGAAGGUCUCAGGUUCUACCAGGAAGCCAAAAGCUGGAUUGAUGCCCUGGAGUACUGUCAGGACGAAGGGGAAAAUUCCUCCCUGGUUCAUAUCACCAACCAGACAGUGCAGAACGCAGUGAAAUCUCUCCUCAUAGACAAGACAGACAGCAUGCAGAAUGGGGCGUGGAUCGGCUUGGAGCGGUCCAUCUUUGGCAAAGACGUCCCCUGGAGGUGGACUUCAGGGCCACAAGUUCAAAAACCUGAGCAGUGGAGCAGCAAUUUUCCUCAUGACCGCUUAAACAACCACUGUGGAAAGAUCAUCUGGGUUAAAGGGUCACAAGAAUUCAAGUGGCUGGACGCCUGCUGCCACGAGAAGCUACCUUUCAUCUGCCAAGCUAUGAAUGAAAGGUCUGGCAGUGAUGAUGACCAUAGUGGAGAUCUUACAUAAAGACUGUGUGGCAUUCUGGAAACACUGGAAAUCCUUCCACUAUUCAUUUUGAUAUGAAUUAUCUUUAAAUACAUUAACUUUGACUGCUUAGCUUUCCUUUCCUGUAAAACC